CAGUCGGCAGCCUCGCUAUAUUAGCUACAUUAUCGCACGAUAAUAGCCGUCUUUCUCCCGUGUAAAACAGUAGCGUCGCUUUUCGAUAACACGCCGCGUACCUGUCAGUCUGGCGCCGUCUCGCGCUUUUUUCCAUCCCCCACCCCCCCGCCGCGACCUGCGGUUGACGGGAUAGCUCGACUCGACGGCUCGACCCCGGGGAUCAGCCGAGCCGAGCCGAGCGGACGACACGACGCGACGAGAGAAUUUACGCUUGGUGUAAUUAAGCUGUUGAAUCAUGGCGCGUACCAAGCAAACGGCCCGUAAGUCAACAGGAGGAAAAGCUCCCCGUAAGCAGCUCGCGACGAAGGCGGCCAGGAAGAGCGCUCCGUCCACCGGUGGCGUGAAGAAGCCGCAUCGUUACAGGCCUGGUACCGUGGCUCUUCGAGAAAUUCGUAGAUACCAGAAGUCGACUGAGCUGCUGAUCAGGAAGCUGCCGUUCCAGCGGCUGGUUCGUGAAAUCGCGCAGGAUUUCAAGACCGAUCUGCGUUUCCAGAGCGCCGCCAUCGGCGCUCUCCAGGAAGCGUCUGAGGCGUACCUCGUUGGUCUCUUCGAGGACACCAAUUUGUGCGCGAUCCACGCAAAGCGCGUCACGAUCAUGCCUAAAGACAUCCAGCUGGCCCGGCGAAUCCGUGGCGAGCGUGCUUAAGAGACGCUAUGUAAUUCGCAUACAUACCGUUCAUUACAACCAUUAUUAUUACUAUUAUUAUUAUUAAUUAUUAUUAAUGAUCGUUCGCAAUCGUCAUGGAUGAAGCACUUUCAUUCCAAGCUCUAUUAUAUUGUUUUACUUUUGCAUAGAGAUACGCGCAGUAGUAUUACCCUCCAGUGAUCAUUCUCAUUUUCAACCCUUACCGAAAUUCAAUUCAGUGCUGACUCAUUUACUCAAAGGGUAGUGGCCGUGUUCACAUUGGCAAAGCAGCUAGCCUGUUCGCUAAACGAAUGUGAUUGGUAGAUUCAAUCAAUCACAUUUAUUUCGACGAGCAGGCCGAAUGUUGCUUCGUCCGGCUUGAACACUGCCAGUGAUGAAUUAUUUGUUUUGAGUGUUAAAAGCACUCUUGUUCAGUGUGUGCUUUUAACAUUCAAAAUAAAUAAUUAAUCAUCACCUUUUGAUAUUAAAUCUCUAUAAGAGAAAUUUCUGUAAGACACGAAUUUUGAUUGUCGACUUCACAAUACGCAAAUUAGAGAGCCACUUUUAUUUUUUCUUUUCCCCCUUUUCUUCGGAACACGAAGCACUUGACACGGCUUUUUGGUUUACUCUUACUGGGAUAUUCACGAAUUUAUGCAAUUUAAUUUACGCUCCGACAAUUUUGUUAAAUAAUUUUGAUUAGACACCAUUCAUUAGCGUUCCUUUUUCCUUCGCUAUUUACUGUCUUCUUUUCGUCAUUAAUGUUACACAUAACAAAUCAUUAUAUCAUUAUUAGUAUUUGAAGAAAAAAAAAGUGUGCAUUAGAUUAAGACAUCCUCAUAGCGACAUCCCGAUAUAGUGCUUAACGUAUUAGAUCUCUGAUUGUACUCGAAUUACAUUAAACCAUUUUGAUCACUUAAGCAUUGUGUAAAAAUUUGUGUAAAAAUAAACGCAUUUCGUAAAUAAAUCUAAAUCCGCACGAC